AUGCUCUCCGACUGGAGAGAGCCUGCUGAGCGGGUAGGAUGCAGCGGCAUGCACCGCAUCGUGCUGCUAGCGGCGCUGCUCACCAGGGCGGUCGCCGUCCACGUCCAUAUCACAGGUGCAUGCAGAAAGGCUGCUGAGCGGGUAGGAUGCAGCGGCAUGCACCGCAUCGUGCUGCUAGCGGCGCUGCUCACCAGGGCGGUCGCCGUCCACGUCCAUAUCACAGGUAUUCAUUCACCUGUUGUGUUGUUGUUCUGGUCAGGUGCAUGCAGAAAGCCUGCUGAGAGAGUAGGAUGCAGCGGCAUGCACCGCAUCGUGCUGCUAGCAGCGCUGCUCACCAGGGUGGUCGCUCACUCACUCACCUCACCGGGAACUGAACCUACGUACCCCGCGCAAAGCACGAUGCCGCCCACCGUCUUCCACAACCCGCCGAACACCAAACCUCGUCGCGUCACCAACAGAAAAGGAAAAGCUGACUCCCCGAUGCUAAAUUACAUCUUCGACUCUUACGCUACUAGCAAUAAGCAUUUCCAUGACACGUUCAAAGCGCCAUCGUUCGACGGUGACAUGUCGUCUGAUACGCUUAUCAAUGCUGAUACAGGCGCUACUGUUCUAUUCGACUGCCGAGUAACAUCGCUGCGGGAUAAAACAGUCUCAUGGAUAAGGGUUUCUGAUGAAGAUAAUCUCGAAUUGCUGACCGUUGAUUUAGAAACGCAUACAGCUGAUUACAGGUACAAAGUGGACGUAGCGGGCGAGACGUGGAAGCUAACGCUGUCGGACGCCAAAGUGCACGACUCGGGCAUAUACUGCUGUCACGUGUCCACACAUCCUCCGAUGUUGAAGCGCUUUAAGCUUAUUGUACAUGCGCCCGAAAUAAAAAUGAACAAAGAAGCUUUCCUGGAGAGCGGGGAGACUCUGUCGCUUAAAUGCGCCGUAUUGCACCUCAGUGCCGGGGAAACAUCGCCCGAGAUACGUUGGUACAGAGGCAAUAGCACGGCGUCGCUUGACGAGAUACGAGGCGGCGUUCUGAUUGAGACAGACCUUUUGACGCUGACGAGUCAUCUACAGGUGGCACUCUUGAAAGUGGAGGACGCUGGCAACUACACCUGCGCAUUGGAAGCACCCCUGCUGAUGAAGACCUUCGCGAGGGUCCAUGUGUUACAAGGAUCGAGCCUCGCAGAACUCCAGAGCGGCGUCAAAACAACGACCAGCUACGUGAGUCUCCUACUCACGACGCUUAUCUUCCUCGUCGCCACCCAAAACGGAGUAAGGUGACCUCUUUAGUCCGGACAAACCUGUUUGGAAAGGCUGGAUAACGCAAGAAUUUCCCUGGGAGCAAAUUAAUAUUAAUAAAUCCUCGUCAAAUUUCCCGACGAGCUUAUUACAACUUGAUGAAGAGAAUAUUAGAAUUAUAAACAAGCCGGAAUGGCGUCAAAUUUAUCGAAUGGAGGUCAUUUACAAGUUUUAAUGAACGCUUUCCGAGACGAAACUUAUCCGUUGAAGUUUAAAUAUUUAUCAAAUAUCAAAAUACGAUGUCUUGAAAAUUGCUGCGAAUUAAUUUUAAUGGUUGGGCCUAACUGGUAUUGAUGGGGAUAAUUAAAAGUAAUGCAUAUUCAAGUGACAAAAGCUGUGUCGUGAAAUAUGUUAUUCAUAAACUGUAAUAUCUAAUUGCAUAUCUUGCUCAUUUAGAAAUGUUUUCAUACUAAGCAGACAUUGUUAUACUUGAGUCAAAUUUUGUGGUAUAUUUGUAAAAAUAUAUAUUAUUUAUUUAAACAAUUGUGAUUAUAUUUA